AGAAACAUAUAAACUUUACUUAUUUUAAAAUAAUGGAUUCUUCAUCUAUUGUAAGUUUCAAUAAUGAUACAACAUUUCAGUCUACUCUCAAAGGCGAUUUCAAUAACAUUAGCGUUCAUGAACUUGCCUUACAUGCAAUGCGAGACCGUUGUUUACUACUGCAGAAGAGAAUUGCUACUUUAGAAAGCGACAAUAUGCGUUUAAAGUUAGAUAUCACUAAGGCCACAGAAUGUACGCCUUAUAUUCCGUUGCAAGAAGAUGAAAAGUUUAUGUUACACCAGAAAAUUGCCGAACUAAAUAAACAAAAGUCACAGCUCAUGCACCACGUAUUCAUGGUAUCAUACGAAAAUAAAAACUUAUGGAAUAAAAUAUCGACAAUAAAAGGACCCGAUAAAACACCCGGAAAGGAAUACAAUAAGCAGCCUUUGGUACGCACCAAUACAUAUAUUCAUAGUACUCCAAAAACCAGUGCAAAUUAUCAAGAAAAAUAUUCAGAAUCCAGCCUAGAGGAGAUAUCCUUAAAGUUAAUCAACAGCUAUAUUCAAGAGAAAUCACAACUAGUAGAGCAAUAUGAGCAAAUGACACAGUUGCAAGACUUGGAUGACAAAUUACUGAAUGUUGAUUCUAUAGGUUUCACAUAUAUUGAGGAACCAGCAUUGGACUCGCUUAAAGAAAUUCAUAUUCACACAGAAAAAUUACAGAAUUUAAAAAAAGAGCUUGUUCAACAAGAAGCUGAUCUGAAAUUUGUAGUUUCCAAAAUUGAAACAGUUUUUAAAGAUGGCUAUAAAUGUCAAACCUGUAAAUUAACUAAUACAAAAAUGACCACUUCUGAAAAUAAAGAGAUAGAGACUAGUGACAGCUUAGCUAAUUGGGCAACACCUGUGGAAUCAACUAAUUAUAAUAAUUAUACUGAAUUGAAUUCAUCUGCAUUCAAGAAAAAUGUCACUGAAAGUAACACUAGUGAAGUACCUGUUGAUAAGGUCUGUCCUAUGUGUGGACAAACAUUCCAUAAGAAUGUAAGAUUUACUGAAUUUCAGUCACAUGUAGAAGGUCAUUUUAUAGGAGAAAAUGAAGCAGAUUCUGUGAUAGACAAUUUUGAGAAUGUAUCAACAUCUUUUGGUAUGUAAUUUGAGGAAAUACACAGUAAUGAUAGAUCGAUUCACAUCAAUCUUUAUACUUUUUAAUAAUGUAAAUUUGUACUUGCAUAUUACCAUAUUGUUACUCUAUUUAAUCAGGUGAUAAAUUGUAAUAUUUUUAUUUAAUAUGUAAAGAAAUAUAA